AUGGCCAUUAUCAUGGCACUUUUAAGUGGUUUUGUUGGAGUUUACACAGGCUAUAAUAAAGAAACGUCCUUCGAGGAACAUAAAUAUUUUGAUGUUGUUGUCAACAAGGGAUUUUUCCAUGGAUAUUCACUAAUUACAGUUCUCAUGAUUAUCAACCAUGCCCUAAGUGGGAUUGCUGUGUCCAUGGUGAUGAAGUAUGCUGACAAUAUUGUGAAGCAACCUGCUGGGAAAAACCUGGAAGGUGGUGGUGUUGGUAGUGGAGGUCUCCAGGAACUGAUACCUUGUGUUGCAAGGACAGCUGUCGCUGUGGGAGUGGAUGGGCUUUUUAUGGAGGUGCAUAAUGAUCCACUUAAUGCUCCGGUUGAUGGUCCAACACAAUGGCCUCUGCGACAUUUAGAACGGCUUCUAGAAGAGCUUGUGGCAAUUGCUGCAAGUUUUAACUGUAUAAGGCAACAAAAGGGGUGGAUGAUUCAGUUUCUAGUGAAAAAAGAGGAUGUGGGAGGAAGGAGUGAGUGGCGGUGGUGGGGAUGAGAGUUGCAGAAGUAAACCCUUCUCGUGUUUGGGUUUAGGGCAAGAAGAAGAGGAAUAGUAAUUAACUAUUUUUAAAUGAAUUAAUAAUUAUAAAAAAGUAAAAGAAAAAACCAGUAAGGGCAUAGUUGUCAUUUUACAUUGAUUAGGGACCAAAUUCGAAACAAAAUAAAAUUAUAGGGAUGAUUCGAGUUAAAAAUUCUUUGUAGGGACCAACCACGCAGACUACCACAAACCAUAGGG